UAGUGACGUAAAACCAUCACUGUAAUAUGUGCGUUGUGAAAUCAACGAGGGUCAACAUGUUCAAUGUCACUGCAUUUUUACAACAUUCUGGGAGAUGUAAGCUGUCUUUAGAUUAAAAUAAGAUCAACAUCAGGACAAACGACGAUAUAUCUGAGAUAAAGUUGUGACCAUCAUCUCUCCUCUUGCCAUCUGUCCGCCAUGUCCACUCAGGCAAGUAAACUGUUUGUGGUAGCGGUGCGGUCUGCAUGUUGCCACCCCAGGGCUAGGCCCACCCUGAAGCAGCCUGCCUCUCCCUGUAGCCCCAGGGUCCUGCUCCAGAGACGGCCCUUCAGUCUGGACUCGCUUUCCUCGGGCCCCGGCCGGCCACAGCCCCAACAGGCUAGAACAGACCGGGCAUCCCCCUCUUCAGCCCCAACCCACAGGAACCUGUCUGCUGUGGCUGUCUCUGUCCAGGACCAGAGUCGCCCGCUGGGCAGGUAUGACUUCCUGGACCUAGGGGGGGUAGAGGAGAACACUCAGAGGGCUCAGCUCUGUAGAACCAUCAGAAGGUUCAUCAUAGACCCAGCCCUGGCCAAACUGGUCAUUCACCACCUAGGACCUGACCUGGAGGACAGCAAGGCCGCUAUAUUUGAAUGUAAUCCAGGCCCAGGGGUGUUGACUAGGACUCUGCUGAAUGCUGGAGCUCAGAGAGUGGUGACGCUAGAGGGAGACAAGUGCUUCCUACCUGACCUACAGGCUUUGGAGUGUCUUCUGGAUGGUCAGCUGGAGGUGGUCCACUGUGAUUUCUUCAAGCUGGACCCUAUGGGCAGAGGCAGCAUGAGACCUCGCAUGUACUCUGACAAACUGUUCACUGACCUGGGCAUAUCAGAGGCAAACUGGACCGAUGAGGUUCCAGUGAAGGUGGUUGGUAUAUUGCCCCAGCGCAUUGAGAGGAGUCAGCUGUGGAAGCUGCUGUAUGUUCUGUUUGAUCGGCUCUCUAUCUACCGUUACGGACGAGUAGAGCUCACCAUGUUCAUCAGCGAGAAGGAAUACCUGAAACUAAUGGCUAAGCCAGGGGACAUGUUGAACUACAGAGCRUUUGGAGCUUUAUGGCAGAUGGCAUGCCACAUCGAACUGCUACACAAGGAGCCGUGGGCAUCAUUUGUGACUUCUUCUAAGUACAAGCUGGCCAUUCCAAAGAGCAGACUUCCUAAUGACAACCUGUGUCUGGUGCGAAUCACACCUCGCAAGGACCUGUUCUCCACCUCGCUGACCCCCUCCAAUGCAGCCACCCUGGUUAUGAUGGUCAAACAAUGUUUGGCCAAGAGGAAGGCACGGCUAGUAGACCGGCUCAAUAUGUGGAGUCCGGACAGUGGUCCUAAGCUGCUGAAGGAGAUGGGGAUGCAGGAUGAUGUACUGACGGGCCAUGUCUACCCAGAGGAGUACAAACAGCUGUUUGAACUGGUGGAGAAGUCCCAGGAGUUCACCCAGAGCUGGCUGUAUGAGGAGGUAUUGGAGAACACCCAGAAGGAGGGAUGGAUAUAGACACACAGCGCCACCACUAGGAUUGGAGGGGUAGUGCUGCCCGAGGCUACAAUUCUAGAUAACCCUAAACCCCCAAGUUCUUGGACUGUUGAACCACUCCCAACGUCAUGGUUUAGGGUGGUCCUGAGCUGAUGAGUUUGGUAUUUGAUCUUUUAAAAAGGGGCAACAGUGUUUGGACUGAGCUCUAUGUGAGUGCUGUCGAGCCGAAGAGUUGACUGGUGAAAGGCUGCCGAUCCUACCCUCAUAGGACGUUUUCUCUACGGUUGGUUACGGGGAGCAGCAGAAUGGUUACUUUAUUGGCAAGGUUAUGAGUCAAGAUGUAUUUAAACCAUUCAAUCACAUUUUGUCACUGUCAUUCAUGGGUUAUUAAUACUGUAGGCUUUUUGCUAACACAGCACAUGCAACUAACUGGGUCAUACUAGUAUUUGUUUCCUGAAAACCUGAUGUUGAAUUGCAUUGAAUACUACAUCGGGCAGAAAUGAGCGUUUUGAAUCACGAAAGUUUCCUCGCGUGACAUCUACAAGMCAGAAUGUUGAAUAAAAUAUUUUAAAGUACUUUACCGGUUGGUCCUUUUGGAGGUAGGAAUGUGAGACAAUAUAUCCACAGGAAAGUGAAAUUACAUCAACUUUUCAAAGCACUGGUAGAGUGUUCAGAUUUAUAUCACCUGAAGCAUGCGCAGAACCAUGUGAAGCCGCGCACGAGCCACGUGAAGCCGCGCACGAGCCACGUGAAGCCGUGCACGAGCUUGGCAAGUAUGCAUGCUUCAGAUCUAAAUCUGAAAGCAAUAGCAGCACUUUGAAAAGUUGAUGGAAUUAUACUUUCCUGUGGAUAUACUGUCUCACAUUCCUACCUGCAAAAGGGCCAACCGCAUGGACAACCAGAAAAGUACAUUCAAAUAACAUUUUAUUCAACAUUCUGGCUUGUAGAGGUCGUGAGAGGAAACGUUCCUGAUUCAAACGCUCGUUUCUGCCAGACAUAAAAUUCAAUGCAAUUCAACGUCAGGUUUCCAGGCAAUCAUAUGUGAUUGGUUUCUACCGCUUUAAUUGUUUUGUGUAUAGGUAACUUUUUAGUGUACAUGCAUACCAUGUCUACAUGUAUUGACAGUUCAUUCAAUUAUAUGUACAGUUUGGGGUAUUAGGACUUCUUCUAAAUGGUAAGUACUAAAAUGCCAUUCUGUAUUCACUGAUUGUCAUCAUAUGCCUUAGCAUUCCAGCUGGAUAGUGAUUUUGUGAUUGGAGUACAUCAAAAAGCCUAUUGAAUCGUUUCAUGCUAUAACCAUUGGAGGAAAUGUAAUUAUCAAAAUAAAUGUUUUGAUUUAUACUGGU